AUGUCGGCCACUCAGGACGGUAUCCCGCCGAAUGGCAGUGAUACCUUCGUACCUAUGGACCAGUUGAACGACAACGAACCCCGCAUGGGUCCCGAUGGCGAGCCCGCCCCGAAGACCGAUGAAGAAUAUGCUGUAGCCCAGCUAACCCUCCGCGCCAUUGUCUCCUCCAAGGAAGCUGGAGUCAUCAUCGGCAAGGGUGGCAAGAACGUCGCCGACCUACGAGACGAGACUGGAGUCAAGGCUGGAGUCAGCAAGGUUGUGCAGGGCGUUCAUGAUCGCGUCCUGACUAUUACGGGAGGAUGCGACGCUAUCUCGAGAGCAUAUUCGCAUGUCGCUCGUUCGCUCCUGGAAGGCGCUCCUCCCAUGGGAAUGGGAGGAGUCGUCCAGACCACCGGAACCCAUCGUAUGCACCUUCUUCCCGCCUUUAACAUGUCGGGCACUACUAACGAGCCGUCCUUCGCCACAGAGAUCAAGCUGCUCAUCUCUCAUAACCAGAUGGGCACAAUCAUCGGCAGACAAGGACUCAAGAUCAAGCACAUCCAAGAUAGCUCUGGUGUGCGCAUGGUCGCACAGAAGGAGAUGCUCCCUCAAUCUACCGAACGAAUCGUCGAGCUCCAGGGAACACCAGAAGGCAUCCAGCGAGCCAUCUGGGAAAUCUGCAAGUGUUUGGUUGAUGAUUGGCAGCGUGGCACCGGAACCGUGCUUUACAACCCCGUCGUCCGCACCCAACCUGGCGCUGCGGGGUCUCUUGGUGGCGGUGUCGGUGGUGCCCCUGGCGGCGGGAUGGGCUACAAUCAAAACCCCCGAGGUGACUAUGGUGGUGGCCCUCGUGUGAUGCGAACAGGAAAUGGCGCCGACUUUAGCAAUGGCGGCGGCCGCCCGUACACGCGUCGCUCUGACUCCGAUGCAGCCGCCCGUGGACCGCCCACACACGACGAGAACGGUGAGGAAAUCCAGACGCAGAACAUCAGCAUCCCCGCGGACAUGGUUGGCUGCAUCAUAGGACGUGCCGGAAGUAAGAUUAGCGAGAUCCGCAAGACUUCUGGUGCUCGCAUCUCCAUCGCCAAGGCACCACAUGAUGACACGGGUGAGCGCAUGUUCACCAUCAUGGGAACCGCGAAGGCCAACGAGACUGCCCUUUUCCUGCUCUACGAAAACCUCGAGGCGGAGAAGAUGCGCCGCAGCCAGGCACAGUCGCCUGAAUAG